AUGUACGAUUUACAGGAGCAUAGAGUGGUAGCUCAGCGACUACGGGACUACGAGAUUGUAUUCAUAUUGACGCCUGAGGCGAACGAGGGCGAGGUCGAGGCGGCGAUAGAGCGCAUCAGCUCAUUCGUGACCGAACGCGGCGGCACCUUCGGCGAACCUGAAGUGUGGGGCUUGCGGCGGCUUGCGUAUGCCAUCAACAAGUUCAUGGAAGGCAUCUAUGUGCUCGCGCGGUUCAGCCUGGACGCAUCCGAUGUGCUGGAGCUGGAGCGCAGCCUCACCACAUCCGAGGAUGUAAUCAGACAUCUCGUUACCAAAACCAUAGAUUAA